AUGUCGCCUGCCUCCGCCUCCGCAGCCCUCCUCCUCCGCAUCCUCCGCGUCCGCCUCGCUCGUCUCCCUGGCGUCGCCCACGCCGUGCGCACCGCCCUCCACGUCCGUGCCCGCGUCGGGCGCGAGCUCGCUCGUCGUGUCCCGGCACACGUCGGCUCUGCCUCAGCCUCCCCCACGCUCCUCACCUCCCUGCACGCCCUCUCGUCCGCCUCCACCUCGCCAUCCUCCGCACCGCCCUCCUUUCGCGCCCACGCCGUUCUCAACCGCCCAAGCCCGACGGCGUUCCCACGUAUCCCGGUAAGCACUCCUUCCGUUCCCUUCAUCGCGCCCGCUCCUCCUCCCGCUCACACGCCCCUCCUCCCCCGGUACGCCGUCCGCCCUGGCCAUGAGCACAAGGCCUUCAUCCCCUACAACAAUGUCUUCAUCCCUUCGCGCACCGGCUCCACCCCCGACUCCCUCGCUCCUCCCGCAUACACGGACCCCGCACGCACGGUGCUGCUACGCGCAUCCCACGGCGUUUCCGAGGCCGACCGGACCCUCCGCAUCGACUACCUCAUCUACGCCCUCAGCUCGCACCUCCCCUCGCCCAUCAACCUCUGGAACCCCGCCGCGGAGAAUUUGGAGAAGGCGGAGGUGCUCGACGUCGCGCGCGGCACGAAGCAGGGCGGGGUCGCAUUCCUCAAGCAGUCCCAACGCCGCGUCUCGCGCGCGCCGCACAGCAACGGCGGGCGCGUCGUCCGCACACAGAACGCACGCGAAGUACAGGCCGAGCCGGCGGUAAAUGCUCUCGCCGGUAUGCUUGACUCCAUGCCCGAGCUCAUCCCCGCGCGAUUGCAGCUGCUCUGCACCGGCCAGACCCCCACCACGCCUCUCCUCCGGACGCCUUCCCAAAAUGUGUCGCCGCCGAUGGCCCAGACAGGGGCCUCGCACGCGUCCGGCGCACGCGUCCGGCGCACGCUCCAGCUCUCGGAGCCCGUCCACCAGUUUGAACCCCCGACCGCUGUCCCCGACCUCUCCACGACCUCCCUCGCGACGGCCCUCACUACCUCUGCCGGACCCUCGUCGAUGGAGCCCUCCCCCGCUGAUGUUACCUCAACCGACGCGUCCGAGCCUGCGACCGCUGACAACGCAUCGGAGUCCUCGUCACAGGCGGAGGACGCGCAGCUCGAGGACGUCGAGGACGCGGGGACCCGCGUCGCGGCGGCGCACAUCUUUGCGAUCGGGGACGCGGGGGACGCAUGCGGCGCGGUGAACGCGGGGCACAAUGCGUCUUUCCAGGGCAAGGUCGCGGCGCGGAACGUCGUCCGGCUGAUCAUGCGUGCUGAGCGCGAGGAGAGGGCCGAGGCGGAUGUUGCGUCGAGGGAAGAUGUCGUGUCAGUCGGGCAGGACUGGGAGGUUGAGAUGGAGGAGGCCGAAGCGAACGAGGAGAAGACGGAGGAGGAGGACCUCGCGCUGGAGAAGUACACCCCGAGCGCGCCUGCGAUUAAGGUGUCCCUCGGUCUGUCUACCAAGGUCUACCAGUACCGGGGCGUGAUCGGCACACGCGAUCAGGAACAGGCCGACCUCGACAUCCACACGAUGUGGGGCUACUUCGGCUCGCCCGCGAGUCGCGACCCACGCACCGCGUGCGAGUGGCAGUCGUUCGUGAACAACCAGGCCAAGCUCCAGUCGGCAUUCAAGGCUGCCUUCCUCAAGAUGUCCCUUAUUGGCCACAAUGAGCGCGACCUGAUCAACUGCUCCGAGGCCAUCCAGCUGCCCCCGGCCGCCAAGUCUACUGAGCACUUGGACGCCGGCCUGACUCACGCCAACGUCCAACAGGCGUGUGCGACCGUGGCCUUCCCCAUGCUCCCGACUGACCCCGGUCCGGCUAUUUCUGUCACCCCGGUCCCGCUCUCCGCGCACGUCGACAUGAACACGGCCAUUCAGGCCGCGAUCUUCGAGGAGCGCCAGAUCGCGCACCACUCGCUGCGCCUUGGUGCUGAACAACAUCCCGUUUACGAUCCCGUUCGACGUCCGCGUGGGGAUCUUCAGGAGGUUCGUGAUCAACGACAUGGACAGCAGGGGCCUCACGCAGUGGAGACAUAA